ACGUGACGAGGUCGCGCAGUGACGUCACUCUGACAUGGAGCCAGUGCUGGCGGCGAACCUUUGGUCACCCGGUUGAGAUGGACCAAAGUUUAUCCAAACGACAAGAAGUUGACCUCAGAUCCCGUUAAAACCGAGAUGUAGAAACAUUUCCCGUGAUCAUAAGACGAUUCGAGCCACAACAAGUGUUUUUAAUGGCUGCACAAUGAAGGCUCAACUUCAGAUAACAGUUCUGUCCGCUAAGCUGCGGGACAAUAAGAAGAAUUGGUUUGGGCCCAGUCCUUAUGUUGAGGUGUGUGUGGAUGGCCAGUCCAAGAAGACGGAGAAAUGCACCAACACUCACAGUCCCAAAUGGAAACAGUCUCUCACUGUGAUCGUCACCCCUUUCAGCAAGUUAAUUUUCCGGGUUUGGAGUCACCAGACACUUAAAUCUGACAUUUUGCUGGGCAUGGCCGCUCUGGAGGUCAGCGAGACCUUAAAAGCCAACAAUAUGAAGAUUUGUGAGGUGGUGCAAACGCUGCAGUUAAGUUCAGACCGAGAGCGGCCGGACGUGGUUGGAGAUCUCUCAGUGUGUCUGGAUGGAUUGCAGGUGGAUCCUGAGACCUUUGCUUCUGAGGAACAAAAGCACAACGCUGUUGUAAAUGGAGAAUCCAAACUGAACGGGGACGUAGCAGGAAGUCGAGAUUCUUCCCCAUCCAGUGACAUCGCUGAUGAAGCGCCGCUGCCCAACGGUCAUGCAGUGGGAAGUACGGGGUCUGCCUCUCCAUCUGCUGGGGCUCUGAGACCACGCCCACCUAGACCCCAGCGGCCACCGCCCGCUUCACCUCAUAAACCUACUUCCUCCACAGCGUCCUCUGCUGGCUCGACUCCCACUCACGGCAGCAGCGUUCCCAGCCCGGAAACGUCUCCACGGGUGUGUGUGAACGGAGAAACGGAGAGUCAGGGGUCAAGCUCAGGUUCAGGGUCAAAUCAAGCCCCCAGAGCCAGUCCAACGCCACCCAGAGCUUCACUGAUCAGUAACGGCCCUCUUCCUCCUGGCUGGGAGCAAAGAGUGGAUCAGAAUGGCCGUGUUUACUACGUGGAUCACAUUGAGAAAAGAACCACAUGGGAAAGACCGGAACCACUACCACCAGGUUGGGAGCGUCGUUUGGACCCAAUGGGCCGCGUGUACUAUGUGGAUCAUAUAAACAGAACCACCACAUGGCAAAGACCCACAAUAGAGUCGGUCCGGAACUACGAGGAGUGGCAGAACCAGCGCAGUCAGCUGCAGGGAGCCAUGCAGCGCUUCAACCAGAGAUUCAUCUAUGGACUGCAAGAGCAGCUUGCGCCUACAGCUAAUAAAGAGUUUGACCCUCUGGGUCCUCUGCCACCGGGAUGGGAGAAACGGACUGACAGUAAUAGGAGGAUGUAUUUCGUUCAUCAUCCUACAAGAUCCACACAGUGGGAAGACCCUCGAACACAAGGGUUGUUGAAUGAGAAGCCUUUGCCGGAGGGUUGGGAGAUGAGGUUUACAGUGGACGGGAUUCCCUAUUUUGUAGAUCACAAUAGGAGAACGACGACAUACAUUGAUCCUCGUACAGGAAAAUCCUCCCUUGAGAACGGCCCUCAGAUCACAUACGUACGGGACUUUAAAGCCAAAGUGCACUAUUUCCGCUUCUGGUGUCAGCAACUAGCAAUGCCUCAGCACAUUAAGAUCCACGUCAGUCGCAAAACACUGUUCGAGGACUCGUUUCAACAGAUCGUGAGUUGCCACCCGCAAGAUCUGAGGCGGAGAUUGUGGAUUAUUUUCCCAGGAGAGGAGGGACUUGACUAUGGAGGCGUGGCCAGGGAAUGGUUCUUCCUGCUGUCUCACGAGGUCUUGAACCCCAUGUACUGUCUGUUCGAGUACGCCGGCAAAGACAACUACUGCCUCCAGAUUAACCCUGCCUCCUCCAUCAACCCUGACCACCUCAAAUACUUCAAGUUCAUUGGCCGCUUCAUCGCUAUGGCUCUGUUUCAUGGGAAGUUCAUAGACACGGGCUUCUCUUUGCCUUUUUAUAAGCGCAUCCUGAACAAACCUCUGGCUCUGAAAGACCUGGAGUCCAUCGACCCAGAAUUUUACAACUCGCUCAUCUGGAUCAAGGAUAAUAAUAUAGAGGAAUGUGGCUUGGAAAUGUUUUUCUCAGUGGAUAAGGAGAUUUUAGGAGAAGUCACCACGCAUGAACUCAAACCUGACGGAGGAAACAUUCAGGUGACAGAAGAAAAUAAAGAGGAGUAUAUCAGGUUGGUUGCUGAGUGGAGGUUGUCCAGAGGGGUUGAAGAACAGACUCAGGCGUUUCUCGAGGGCUUUAAUGAGGUCUUGCCGCAGCAGUACCUGCAAUACUUUGAUGCCAAAGAACUGGAGGUGAUGCUCUGCGGGAUGCAGGAGAUCGAUCUGGGCGACUGGCAGAGGAACACCAUCUACAGACACUACGCUCGCAGCAGCAAACAGAUCGUCUGGUUUUGGCAGUUCGUGAAGGAGAUCGACAAUGAGAAGCGCAUGCGUCUGCUGCAGUUUGUGACCGGCACGUGCCGACUUCCUGUCGGGGGUUUCGCUGACCUUAUGGGGAGCAAUGGGCCGCAGAAGUUUUGCAUUGAGAAAGUGGGAAAAGAAAACUGGCUGCCGAGGAGCCACACAUGCUUUAACCGUCUGGAUCUGCCGCCCUAUAAAAGCUACGAGCAGUUAAAGGAGAAGCUGCUGUUUGCCAUCGAGGAAACGGAAGGCUUCGGUCAGGAGUGAUGCAUGAUGCACACCGCAGCGUCUUUAAACGCCUUUCCACGACAACACACAUCAGCUUUCACCGUCAUAUCGAACGCUGCCGCUGCUGCUACUCACUAUCUGUUAGCUUAGGCUUCCAUUUCCCAUUUUCUUACCAUCCACUUCUGAUUUUACGCUGCCUUAGUCGAUGAUGGAUGCACAGCACUGCAGCCAGACUGAAGAUCCGCACACCUCGGCUCACUCUAUGCACACUGUGUGAUCCUCGUAUUAACCCGUUAAUGACUGCCGCCCGUCUUUACUGUAGUAAUGCACAUGCAACAGACUUUUCCUCUAGAACUUGAAGUUUGAGUUUGCAUGGUAUGUGUCUGAUUGAGUCUGUUCUGUUGUGCGUACUUGUCAAGAGGAGUGCAAGAUGCAAUUUCAUACAGUUUUUUAAUGUGUUCAUACAGAUAUUAGGCAUUUGAAGAUGUGGGUUUACCAAUUGAAAAGGGUUGCACUUUAUUAGUGAAAACACUGGCAGAGUGAUAACGGCUAAUAUGAAGCAUGCAACGGAUCAUACUUCACCUCAGAAAUCAAGAGAAAUAUUAUUUUGCAUGAAGAAAAGUGUUAAUGUAAAUCAAGCACAUUUUCUCUUAAAAUUGACUACUGUAGUGCAAGAAAAUCUCAUAAAAGAAAUAGUUGCAAAGAAUAGGUUUAAUGUUCUCCAUGCAAAAUAUAUUUUCUUUUGAUUUCAGGUGAGCUGUGAGCUGGAAAUGCCCACUAAGAGUAUAAAUAUGCACAUAUGGUUGGAUAUAAACAUAUAGCAAUAGCUCAAAAUGCCAUCUGAUGUCAUCUCCACAUGCCGUAGUCAAAAUAUUGACUUUCCCACCAAUCUUCAAUUCACAAACCACAUGACUGAAGCUAUAAUGUUAGCUGUUUUAGUAUGAUCAAAUCCGCAGCUAGAAAUAUAGAUCCUUUUAUACCUUUAAUGUGAAAAAAAAUCACAAAAUGUGCAGGAGGAAUUAGUGCAAAACUGAAGAAAUGUGCUUUAUUUUGGAGGAAAAAAAUUGUGUGUGUGCUUUAGAGAUGUUACAGCAUUUGGUUGACACCUUUUGUUGUUAUGCUGAAGAUUUAACACUGAACUCAUGGACUUUCUGUGUAUUUCAAAGACUUCUGAUUCAGAUGCAAAACACAAAACCAGGACUGUAAAUACCAGGGUACAAAGAAUAACUUACAGAUGUCAAAGAGGAGUUUCUUGUGUUCGGUUUAACGCAUUCUGAUUCUAACAGGAUGUUUCAUCAUGAAUGUGAUAGGAGCUGUAUGCAUUUCUUUCCAAAACAUGAUUUUCUGAAGUAUUUGAAAGUGAUUUGUUUUCUUCAGUAAAUGAGUACAUAUCAUGAAUUGAAUCCUUUGGGUGCUUGGAUCAGCAUCUGUUAUUUUCAUUAGGAUGUCUCGCUACACGGCACUUUAUUUUAGGUCAUAUUUUCUAAUUGCCAGAUUGUUUGAUUUAAAGUGAACUGACAAAUAAACGUCACCAAUGGAAACUGUCCA